UGGAGCUGCACGGAGCGGGUGAGAAAAUGGCUGCUUCAACAAAAUAACAAAGAUUCUGCAAGUGGAAGAUUGAAGGAUGCAGAGUUCAAACCAAACAUCACAUCAAUCCCUCGAUUUAUUAGGAUCUGAAUCAGAUGGACAUCUGAAUAUGGAAGGAUUAAGGGCAUUGGAAAGGGACGAUUUUCAGAUAGGAAGCUCAAAGCAAAUACCACGUCUGGACCUGACAGAGACACUCAAUUCAUCAGGACCUGAAUGUCAUCAGAUUUUGAACAUGGAAGGUAAAAGCAGUGUUAACAGUGAUGAGAAACCAUACUCGUGUUCUGUGUGCGGACGAGGCUUCAACCAAUCAUCUGGCCUGUCGAGACACAAAGUUAGUCACAGUGAGGAGAAACCAUGGAAAUGUGGGGACUGUGGGAAGGGAUUCAAUUACCCUUACGAACUGGAGACUCAUCAGCGAGUUCACACUGGGGAGAGACCAUUCACCUGUAGUGAGUGCGGGAAGGGAUUCACUCAGUCAUCCAGCCUUCUAACACACCAGCGGGUUCACACUGAUGAGAGACCUUUUAAAUGUCCAGACUGCGGGAAGUGCUUUAAAAGUUCGUGGGAACUGAUGACCCAUCAACGUGUCCACACUGAGGAGAGACCAUUCAGGUGCUCUCACUGUGGGGCUGGAUUCAAGUACUCAUCUCAACUCACUGUACAUGAGCGCAGUCACACAGGGGAGAGGCCAUUCACCUGCACUGAGUGUGGGAAGGGAUUCACUCAGUCAUCGAUCCUAUUAAAACACAAGCGAGUUCACACCGGAGAGAGGCCAUUCACCUGCAUUGAGUGUGGGAAACAAUUUGCUCAGUCAUCCAGCCUGCAGACACACCAGAGAGUUCACACUGGUGAGAGGCCAUUCAUUUGCCCUGACUGUGGGAAGGGAUUCACUACCUUAUACAACCUGCUGAUACAUCAGCGAAUUCACACCGGGGAGAGACCGUUCACCUGCUCAGAGUGUGGGAAGAGAUUUAUUAACUCAUCCCACCUGCUGAGACACCAGCGUGUUCACAAGUAAGUUCACAGAUUGGAUUUUGUUGUUAAUCACAUCAGGACUGAACCAUGUUCAUUGGGGUUUGUUUCUGCUGCUGUUAAUAAACACCACUCCAGUCAUACAUGUCAACAUUCUGGAUAAAAGUAGAAUAAAUAAUUUUCAGACACUGCGUCAAGUAUUUUCUAAUAUUUCUGACACACAU